AUGCCAUUUGAAGGGGUGACAGUGCCAUUUGAAGAGGUGACAGUGCCAUUUGAAGGGUGCCAUUUGGGGGUGCCAGUGCCAUUUGGGGUGACCGUGCCCUUGUCCCCAGCUCUCCUGGUGGCCGUCCGGAUCAAUGGCCAGGGCCGCGAGGUUCUGUACCUGGCCAAGGGCGACUCGGUCAAGCUGGGCUGUCCCUACGUGCUGGAGCCCGAGGACGCGGGGCCCCAGGGCGUGGGCAUCGAGUGGAUCCAGAUCACGCCCGAGAGACCCGGCCCCGAGAACGUGUUCCUGUCCUACCAGGACCACCACGUGAACUACGGCAGCUCGGGGCUGCAGGACCGCGUGGCCUUCGUGCAGACGGACCCGGGCCAGCGCGACGCCUCCAUCCGCGUGGCCGACCUGCAGGAGAGCGACACCGGCACCUACCAGUGCCGCGUCAAGAAGAACACGGUGGCCGUGCACGAGGUCAUUGUCACCGUGCAAGAGAAGCCGGCGGCCCCGCAGUGCUGGAGCGAGGGGGCUCUGACCGAGGGGGGGUCGGUGCUGCUGCGCUGCUUCAGCCGGGGCGGGGCCGCGCCCCUCAACUACCAGUGGGCAAAGCUGGCAGAGGGCUACGGCGGGGGGCGCCUGCCCGCGGGCACCCUGCAAGGCCGCGCUCCGGGUGACCUGGUGAUCCGCAGCCUGACGGUGGCACACGCUGGCACCUACCAGUGCCGGGUCAGCAACCGCGUGGGCUACUCGGUGUGCCAGCUGAGCCUGAACCCCGCGCCCCGCUGUGUGCCCACGGCAGGCGGGCGGCAGGCUGGCAUCAUCGUGGGCUCCAUCCUGGGCUCGCUCCUCCUGCUCAGCCUCCUGGGGCUGCUGAUCUGGGCACUGAUCGCCCGCUACCAGCGCAAGGAGUGCCAGCGCGCCUGCAGCGACUGCAGGAGCAGCACGGGUGGCACUAUGCCCCGGCCCUGCGCCGCCUGUGCCCACCACUCCUACUCGCCGCAUGGCAUCAGCUACCUGCAGUGCCAGCACGGCGACAGCGACGAGCGCGGGGCCGCGCUGCUCUGCAACGACGGCAUGCGACACCAGGUGACAUGUCCCGCGCUGUGACACCGCGGGGACACCGCGGGGACAGCGACGGGGACGGCGACAGCGACAGCGACUCUGCAGAAGUGACGGCAGGAGCGGCUCAAACCGUUCAAAAAUCCGAAAAAGCUUCAAAAUCCUACAGAAUUCAGCACAAAAUCCCACAAAAUUCCAUGUCUGGAACUCCCUCUCGGGGCCACCGCAGCGACAGUGACAGUGACAGUGACAGUGACAGUGACUCUGCAGAAGUGAUGGCAGGAGCGGCUCAAACCGCUCAAAAAACCCGAAAAAGCUUCAAAAUCCUACAGAAUUCCGCACAAAAUCCUACAAAAUUCCCUCGAAAUGGCACCAAAUCCCAAAAAAUUCCAUGUCUGGAACUCCCUCUCGGAGCCGCGACAGCGACA